UUGACAGGUAGCAGUGGAAAUUAAACUUCUGUAGAUUGAAAUUUAUUUACAGUUUGAGUUCAAAGUGAGAAGUCAGUGAAUAUAUUUGAAGAUGAAGAUUUUUGCUUUCAUUAUUCUUGUUUUUGUGUUUCUCCCUGGAAACAAAUCUCAAAGCAACAUUAACGACGCAAUUCAUCAUGCAUUCGAUGUUAUCCUACGAGACCUAAUGCGUAAUGGAAACCCAGAAACAGGAUUCCCAGUAUUAGCACCGACAAUCAUUCCAACCUUAGACGUGUCAUGGUCGAUUGGACAUCUUGUCGACUUGGACGGACAAUUACGCAAUUUUCGUAUAGAUGGUUUAGAUGGCUUUCGUAUCAACGAUGUUCGUUUGAGUCUGCUGACGAUGCGUUUUGUUUUCGACUUUAUUUGGCCCAAUGUACGAUUCACUGGUUGGUAUAACCUUAAUGGGCGAUUCGGUGGUUUGGUGCCGAUCUUUGGACAGGGAAAUUUCGUACUCGAACCAAGAAAUUUUCGAGCGUCUGGAUUUGCUCAAAUUCGUUUUCUGGGAUCAAAUAACAAUCUUAAUGUUACCGACAUGGACGUUCGUUUGAAUUUGCCAAGCUUGCAAAUGAAUGUACAAGGAAUUUUAGGUGGCGGUGAUUUAGGUGCGGUUAUCAAUAAAGUAGCACAAGAUCUUGUUCCAUCAUUGAUACGGACAUUUGAGAAUGAAUUAAGCGAUCUUAUGAGCAAUUUGUUAAUACCGAGAAUCAACCCAUUCUUGAACAACCUGACUCUAGACGAUAUUAUUAACAGAGCACCAUAAUUAAAUAAACAGUGGGAUAGAUUCAAAAAUACAUGUCAUAAACAUACAUUUGAUAUGAAAUGAAAUAAACAAGAAAUCGAAAAUCAAUUCCUAAAACAAACAAAAACAAAAAAUGAAUGAAA